GGAUAGUCCACUGUGGAGGACAGUCUGCGUGCGUCUGGCCGCUUGAGCAGUAGUCUGUGAUUACAUCAUAUUAUUAUCAAGGCCUACAAACAAAAUUGUUGCUGGUCAAAAACUUCUAAGGGUGCCAUGGAUUUGUUCUUCUUAUGGCUCAUAACUUUGGUUUUGGGUUUUUGGAUAUUUCGCAAAAUAAAUCAAUGGCGGAAUCUGCCUCCAGGCCCCUGGGGUCUGCCAAUUUUAGGAUAUUUGCCGUUCAUCGACCGUCAUCAACCACACUUAACUUUGACUAAAUUGUCCAAGACGUACGGUCCCAUAUAUGGAAUAGGGAUGGGCAACAUUUAUGCGGUGGUUCUGUCGGAUCACAAGUUGAUAAGAGAUGCAUUCGCCAAAGACGCUUUUUCGGGAAGAGCUCCGCUAUACCUGACUCAUGGUAUCAUGCAUGGCAAUGGAAUUAUUUGCGCAGAAGGACCGUUAUGGAAAGAUCAAAGAAAGCAAGUUUCAGCGUGGCUUAAAAGUUUUGGUAUGAGCAAGCACAGUGUAUCUCGUGACAAAUUGGAAAAACGAAUCGCUGCUGGAGUCUACGAACUACUUGAAAAUGUGGAAAAAUCUUCUGGAUCUCCAUUGGACCUAGCGCACAUGCUCACAAAUUCUCUUGGGAAUGUCGUUAACGAAAUUAUAUUUGGAUUCAAAUACCCGCCUGAAGACAAAACCUGGAAUUGGUUCCGACAAAUUCAAGAAGAAGGUUGCCACGAAAUGGGUGUAGCUGGUAUUGUUAAUUUCCUGCCUUUUGUUAGGCAUUUUUCGUCUUCAAUCCGAAAAACAUUUGAGGUGUUGGUACGUGGACAAGCUCAGACGCAUAGACUGUAUGCUAGUAUCAUAGCAAGGCGACGUAAAAUGUUAGGUUUGGAGACACCAGCUGGAGCUGAGUAUUUACCUCAUGCAGAUCUGUUCGACGAUCACCCAGAAGGUCAUAUUAGAUGUGUUACAUACAGCAAGCACGCUUCCAAUGCAGAACAUUUCUUCGAUCCUAACAUUUUAAUCCCAAUGGAAGAUGAGUGCAUAUUAGAUAACUUUUUAAUAGAACAGAAAAAAAGGUAUGAAAAUGGAGACGACAGUGCACGCUUUAUGACUGAUGAGCAACUGCAUUACCUUUUGGCUGACAUGUUUGGAGCUGGUCUUGAUACUACAUCGGUCACCCUAUCCUGGUUUUUGCUUUACAUGGCGUUAUAUCCGAAAGAACAGGAGCUAGUUCGAAAAGAAAUUUUGGAAGUGUAUCCAGAAGAAGGCGAAGUGGAUGGAUCAAGAUUACCAUAUUUGAUGGCAGCUAUAUGUGAGACGCAGCGGAUUCGAUCCAUAGUGCCUGUCGGAAUUCCUCAUGGCGCUUUGCAGGACACCUACCUUGGAAAUUACAAAGUUCCAAAAGGAGCUAUGGUGAUACCGCUGCAGUGGGCCUUGCACAUGGACCCCGAUGUUUGGGAAAAUCCAGAAGAAUUCAGGCCCAGCAGAUUCUUAGCGGAUGAUGGCAGUUUGUUGAAACCACAAGAGUUCAUACCUUUCCAAACUGGCAAGCGAAUGUGUCCAGGAGAUGAGCUCUCGCGGAUGCUGUCAUGCGGCUUGGUGGCGCGGCUGUUCCGUCGCCGGCGCGUCCGCCUCGCGUCACAGCCGCCCACGGCAGAGCAGAUGCAAGGAACAGUCGGUGUCACUCUCGCACCGCCCGUUGUGAAGUACUAUUGUGAUGCCAUAUAGUGUUGUAGAUCUUAUGAGUAUUUCCAGAUUCCAGAUCAAAUUAUAAGUAGUU